CAUGUAAAAUCAAUUGUGUAAUUGAAAGUCUUCAAUGCCGGUUUUAUUUAACAUUUUCUCGUCUAUCUUUUUGUAUGUUUUUUCGCUGCAGCUACUCCUUCACAAUGUUUGCGGGCUUGUCAAGACCGGAAAAGGAAAGCCCGCUUUUAAUUUAUUCAGCAGCGCACACAACCAUACCGAAGACGUCCAGUUGCCGAAGAAUAUUGAGCUGUCUAAACUUAUGGACAACGAAACUGGAUAUACGAUGCUCGUCGCUGGCGGCUAUCGACCUGAAAAGAUUAACCUCAUCAAGCACGUAGUCUCCAUACGCACCUCUAGAGCGACGGCAUAUUUUGGCGAUAAUCACUUUUGUGUGGGCUCAAUCAUUUCCGCGCGUUUGGUGCUCACCGCAGCGCAUUGUGUGGUUGACCGUCGCAAGAUCGUGACCCGUCCGCAUCGUCUUGUCGUCGUAGCUGGCACACCAAACCGUUUGCAAAAAACGCUCACAACUGUUGAGCUUAAGGUUGAGGAGGUGCUGCCACACAAUAAAUUUGUACGAAAAGGAGUGCACGAUAUCGCAAUACUGGUACUCGCCACGCACUUUCCGGACGACAAUGACAACGUCAAAGUAAUCCCCUUGGCUAAUAAAUUAGUUGACCCGGGCACCGUAUGCGUAAUUGUUGGUUGGGGGCAAUUGUUUUUUCGCGGCCCGUAUGCAGCAGUUGCUUUACAUGCCAAUCUUACAGUCUUUUCUUAUGAAUAUUGCCACAAAUUCUAUCCGCAUAAUUUCCAUGAGUCAAUGAUAUGCGCCGGCAGGAAAAGUGAGUGGGAUGUCGAUGCUUGUCGUGGUGACUCGGGUGGUCCAAUGGUUUGUGAUGGUCAGGUCGCCGCCAUUGUUUCGUGGAGCUCGCGCUGUGGCGAGAAAGGAAAACCCACUGUUUUUACCAGUGUCUAUCAUCAUCGUGAUUGGAUUAAUUUUGCAAGUGAUGGAGAGACCUACAAAGCGCUAAGUUUGAUCCAAUUGUUAAUGAUAACAUUUGUGGCUUUGUGUUUUUUAAAUCAAUAAAAAUGGAAAUAUGAGGAAUAUAACUUAAUAAAUACAGGAUC